CCGGUGACUUCACUUUCUGCAAAAAGGUGUUUAUUUACUUAUUCAGUCAUACAAUUGACUUGGUAAGUAAAGUCCAAAUCCAACAGGACUUCCGUUCAGAAGAAGAUUUAUUAUAAGAUUACGAAACAUAGUUUAUUUAAACAAUAAAUCCCAUUCAAUUCGGAGAAGAAGAAGAAUAUCAAUCGCUAAAAAUUCUCUCAGUCCCUUCUCUCUUUCCGUAUGUUGUUAUAGGUGUUCCCCAAUCGAUUCUGUAAACCCUAGAUAUUCACGGUUUCUGCAUUUCAUUCAUCAUGGAAACCUCUUCUUCUCUCUCAACAUACAUCAAUCGGAAAUCCAAGUGAUUUCUUCUUUUUAACUUAUUUUUUUUCUUCCUUUUUAACUUAUCUUUUUUCCUUUUUGUGUGUACUGUAUUAUUGUUAUUAGUUCGCGGUGAUACAGGAUUACUUUAUUUCCUUCAUUUCCUUCGUCUAUGGACAAAGUUGAAGUUAGUUCUUCUAUGGGUGGUACUUCUAAGGCUAAUAAAAAGCUUAAAAUGAUUCAGGUGGUACCUCAUGAAAUCAUCGAUAUCGACGAAGAGGAAGAUGUAGCUGAUAAUUCUGAAGUUGACAAGAAGUUUAACAAAGAUAACAAAGGAAAGGGUAUCAUGUCAAUAGAACCAGAUGAAGUGGUGAAUGAUAUUUCAGACGAUGAUGGGUCAGAAAUGUAUGACUCAGACAAUGUUCUUGACUUAGAAGGAGAAUCGGAUUAUGAAUUUGGCGAAUCGUUCCAUAAUGGUGAUUUCAAGUCGUACGAUGAUGAGGUUGUAGCUUUACAAGCCAAAUUUGAUGCUGAAGACCUCCCUCCUGGUGCGGAAGCAUCCGUCCCUUGGUUGGUUGAGGACUACCAACCAAUUGAUCGAACGAGGCCCCCAGUUCCGUGUAGCGGUUCAACUGUUCCCAAGCAGUUUCUUAUUAUUGAAGAUGAUGAUGAAGCUAUAGUGAAAUUUAGAUCGUUUAAAAGUUUUGAUACAGUUACAGAUUUCUCUGACCACCACUACAAGUCAAAGGCAGUUACCAAGACAAAGCAGGCAUCACAGAAAUGGGCAAAGGCAAUUCAGCAGGAUUGGAGACUUCUAGAAAAGGAUUUACCUGAAACUAUAUUUGUUAGAGUUUAUGAAGGAAGAUUGGAUCUUUUAAGGGCCGUGAUUGUAGGUGCAGCUGGCACUCCUUAUCACGACGGCCUCUUUUUUUUUGAUGUUUACUUUCCCUCGGAGUAUCCUGAUACACCACCGCUCGUUCACUACCAUUCACAUAAUCUGCGGUUAAAUCCAAACUUGUACAAUUGUGGGAAAGUUUGCCUUAGUCUUCUUAACACAUGGAGUGGGAACAAGAACGAGAAGUGGAUCCCAGGGCAAUCCACUAUGCUCCAAGUGCUUCUCUCUAUCCAAGCUCUGGUGCUGAAUACGAAGCCCUUCUUCAAUGAGCCUGGAUAUGAACACUCGGCUGGUACUCCAGAUGGUGAGAAGAAUGCCCAGCAAUACAAUGAGAGCACAUUUAUACUAUCGUGCAGGACAAUGCUGUACACUCUUAAGAAUCCCCCAAAGCAUUUUGAGGAUUAUGUAUUGGGGCAUUUCCGCCUUCGAGCACACUCUAUUUUGGUGGCUUGUAAAGCAUACAUUGAAGGUGCUCAGGUCGGUUGUGUUGUAGGAGGAGUGCAGGACGUAGAUGAGGGUCAAAAGAGCGGCUCAACCCACUUCAAGAGCGAAGUUGGUACCAUGGCAGGGAACCUUGUCCCAGUAUUUCUACAAAAUGGCGCCAAGGAUUGUGAGCAGUUUAUCUGUUUGGGAGACGCUUUUAGGUUAGCUGCUACCAAUUACACUAACGUUUUAAAGAAAGAUUUUUACAAGCCGGUGCAAGAUCAAGUUGUGGCAGCUGAACCUCAAGCUCAAUUUCAACCUUUUGAUCAUUCACAUGCUCAAUUUCAACCUCUUGUUCAUUCCCCAGCUCACUUUCUAUCAAUGGCUCAUCCAUUCGGCCAUGGUACUGAUCUUUAUGCUCAGGCUCAGGGUCAUGCUCUAGCUCAACCUAAACCUAAACCUAAAACUCCUUUUGGGAAAAAUUACAAGUACUAUCCCCAUCCCUAAAAUAGUUGAUGAAACCAUUGGUUUGAAAACAGUAUCCGCAAGCUUCUUUUUACUUCUAUAUUGUAGAUAUAUUAGGUGUAGAUAUUUAAGUGCCUAUAUUAGCGUAUAAUGCAAAUUUUUUUUUUUUUUUGCGUAACUUCGGACCUCCACUAGCUGGAAGUGCCGGAAGACUGUCACAUUUGCUUAUUUUUUGGAAACAGUUUUUAUUAAUAUCUAAUAUUAUCUUCCCUGA